GCAGUUGCUCGCAGCUCAGUCGUGGCGAUCGCCAGGUGAACGAAGGUUGUGUCGCGCAGAGUCGAUUUGCAGUCGGAACAUACACAUAUCCCCUAACCAUGUCGGGAAAACUGAUCAUGAAGCGCAAGCGAGCCAGCCAGGAGGAGCAGCAGCAGCAGCAGCAGGCACAGGAGCAACAUGUUCAGCCGCAGGAGCAGCAACGGCCGGAUGAAGCCGGUCCGGAGAAACGCCAUCGUCCUCUUACUCCACCCGCCGAAGAGCCUGCUCAGGAUUACCCAUCCCCGGCAGAAGCCCCAAACCAAAUCCUUCUAGAAGCCCUGCAAAAGAUCAUGGAGCUACAGGCCGAACUGGAUGCCUUUGAGCAGGAUCUGGAUGACCGGGAUGGAUAUGGGGCAGCAGGAGCUGAGGAUGAGGACGCCGAAGAGAGUGCGGAGGAUGCAGAGGUAGCCGCCCAGUUCGCACCACCCACCCCAGCCCAAAGAAGUCAGGCGGAAGCACUGGGCUUCGCCAUGUGCGCCCGGGAAACGCUGCUCUUCCUCCAGAGCGAGGGAAUACCCACGGAGUCGCCACUCUACCAGACCCUCCUCGGGAAGUUAGUCGGCCAAAGCGAUGGACUGCUGCACGCCUAACAGCGAUCUGGAGGGCAGGAGCUCCUCCGCAUUCUAGUCACUUUGCUGCGAUCUCAUUGCAAGUAAAACGAGAGAGAGAAUCCAAGGGUUGGGCACUUUUACUGGGGUGGAAAUGGUGCAAUCCGGGAAUCUGGUAAUCUAAGCUGUUUACUCUAGUCAAUUAUUGUAAAGCAAUAUAAAACCCAUAAGAAACAUCGAAAUAAAUAAGUUAACAAAUAGA